UGAACUGUGCACAUAACGUGUUCGUGGUGUUCAGUAUUACCGAAUAAAACUCAACGGAUUUAUGUCAAUUGUAAAUUUUUAGACAUCAAUUUAUUCACAUUUUGAUCACUUUGUGAAUUAUAAUUUAUACUUACAUAAUUGUGAAGAAUUGUCGCACAUAAUUCCAAUUGUGUUUAGUGUUUUGUGCGUGUUUUCGUCGUGGCGUAAUCUGUGGAAUAGGGAGAGCGAUAGUGAGAGGGUGCUUUGGGGAAGCGGUAAAAAUUUUCCUUUUGCAAUUUUCAAGGAUAUUGAUAACAGUACCCUUAUUGAAAAGCGACUUCGAGGCCACAGUGCAGUUGCUUAACCCACUAUGUUCAUACCGGUUGCACAAUCCGCGUUCAAAACGCUGCGCCAUGCCCAGCCACGCGUUCGUCUCUACUUCAUCAACAAGAAUGCCUACUCCAGUCAGGUCGAAUACAAGCCAAUUCGAUCGGUGCUGGUCGCCAAUCGCGGAGAGAUUGCGAUACGUGUGUUCCGUGCCUGCACAGAAUUGGGUAUCAAAUCAGUGGCUGUGUACUCCGAGCAGGAUAAAAUGCACAUGCAUCGACAAAAGGCGGAUGAAUCGUAUUUAGUCGGAAAGGGUCUGCCGCCCGUUGAGGCGUACCUAAACAUUCCAGAGAUUAUACGUGUUUGCAAAGAGAACGACGUCGAUGCAGUGCAUCCAGGCUAUGGUUUCCUCUCCGAGCGCAGCGAUUUCGCCCAGGCGGUCAUUGAUGCUGGUCUGCGGUUCAUUGGCCCCUCACCAACGGUGGUGCAGAACAUGGGAGACAAGGUGGCUGCACGUAUUGCCGCUAUUGAGGCGGGCGUACCCAUCGUUCCAGGCACUGACGGCCCUAUAACCACCAAAGAGGAGGCCUUAGCCUUUUGCCAGAAGCAUGGUCUGCCCGUGAUCUUCAAGGCGGCCUAUGGCGGCGGCGGUCGUGGUAUGCGUGUGGUUCGCAAAAUGGAGGAGGUGGGAGAGAUGUUCGAGCGUGCCAGUUCCGAGGCAAAGGCCGCCUUCGGCAAUGGUGCCAUGUUCAUAGAGAAGUUCAUCGAACGACCACGCCACAUUGAAGUCCAGCUGCUUGGCGAUAAGGCUGGCAACGUGGUCCAUCUAUACGAGCGCGAUUGUUCGGUGCAGCGUCGUCACCAGAAAGUGGUCGAGAUCGCUCCAGCGCCUCGUCUGCCCAUCGAAACGCGCGACAAGAUGACUGAAGCCGCAGUCCGUUUGGCCAAACAUGUCGGUUAUGAAAACGCUGGCACCGUCGAGUUUCUGUGCGACGAGUCCGGCAACUUCUACUUCAUUGAGGUGAACGCUAGACUGCAAGUGGAGCACACGGUUACUGAAGAGAUAACUGGCAUAGAUUUGGUGCAAUCACAGAUACGCAUUGCUGAGGGUAUGACUCUGCCCGAGUUGGGAUACACUCAAGAGAAUAUUCAGCCACGCGGUUAUGCCAUUCAGUGCCGUGUCACCACCGAAGAUCCGGCCAACGACUUCCAGCCCAAUACAGGCCGUUUGGAGGUGUUCCGUUCCGGUGAGGGUAUGGGUAUUCGUCUAGACAGCGCCUCCGCCUAUGCUGGCGCCAUUAUAUCGCCCUACUAUGAUUCCCUGCUAGUCAAGGUUAUAUCGCAUGCCAGCGAUCUGCAGAGCUCCGCCUCAAAAAUGAAUCGCGCUCUGCGUGAGUUCCGCAUUCGUGGAGUUAAGACAAAUAUCCCUUUCCUGCUGAAUGUAUUGGAGAACCAGAAAUUCCUGCACGGCGUGCUAGACACCUAUUUCAUUGAUGAGCAUCCGCAGCUUUUCAAGUUCCGUACCUCACAGAAUCGCGCUCAAAAGCUGCUCAACUACCUCGGUGAAGUUCUGGUUAAUGGGCCUCAGACUCCGCUCGCCACCACUUUGAAACCGGCUGAGGUCAGUCCUCAUGUCCCAACCGUGCCCCUAGACUUGUCGCCGGAAGCAUUAGAACGUGAAGAGCGCGGUGAGGCCAAAGUAACCGAACCACCUCAGGGCCUGCGCGAUAUUAUUGUGCGUCAGGGCCCCGAAGCCUUCGCUAAGGAGGUGCGCUCCCGAAAAAAUCUAAUGCUGAUGGACACCACUUUCCGGGACGCUCAUCAAUCCCUGUUGGCAACACGCGUGCGAUCCCACGAUCUAUUGAAGAUAUCACCAUAUGUGGCGCAUAAGUUUAAUAAUCUGUACGCUUUGGAGAACUGGGGUGGUGCUACCUUCGAUGUGGCGCUACGUUUUCUCCACGAGUGUCCGUGGGAGCGUCUGGAAGAGAUGCGUAAGCGCAUUCCAAACAUACCAUUCCAAAUGCUGUUGCGUGGUGCCAAUGCCGUUGGUUACACAAGCUAUCCCGACAACGUGGUCUACAAAUUCUGCGAACUGGCCGUGCAAACUGGCAUGGACAUUUUUAGGGUGUUCGACUCGCUCAACUACCUUCCAAACUUGAUACUUGGCAUGGAGGCAGCCGGCAAGGCCGGUGGCGUGGUCGAAGCUGCGAUUUCAUACACAGGCGAUGUCAGUGAUCCUAAGCGUACCAAAUACGAUCUCAAGUACUAUACCAACUUGGCCGAUGAACUGGUCAAGGCUGGCACUCAUGUGCUCUGCAUCAAGGACAUGGCAGGUCUGCUGAAGCCACAGGCAGCCAAGAUUUUGAUUUCUGCCAUUCGUGAGAAGCAUCCUGAUGUACCCAUCCACAUUCACACCCAUGACACGUCCGGUGCAGGUGUGGCCUCCAUGCUGGCCUGCGCUGAGGCUGGUGCCGAUGUUGUCGACGUUGCCGUCGAUUCCAUGAGCGGAAUGACAUCUCAGCCAAGCAUGGGUGCUGUAGUGGCAUCGCUCCAAGGCACCCCACUGGACACACAGCUGGACCUGCGCAAUGUAUCAGAAUACUCAGCAUACUGGGAACAGACGCGCACACUGUACGCACCCUUCGAGUGCACCACCACGAUGAGAUCAGGAAAUGCCGAUGUGUACCUGAACGAGAUACCCGGCGGUCAAUACACUAAUUUGCAGUUCCAGGCAUUCUCACUGGGAUUGGGUGACUUCUUCGAGGAUGUUAAGAAGGCAUAUCGGGAGGCCAAUUUACUGCUGGGUGAUAUCAUAAAGGUGACACCCUCAUCGAAGGUGGUGGGCGAUUUGGCUCAAUUUAUGGUACAAAACAAUCUCACUGCCGACCAAGUACUGGAAAAGGCCGAGGAGCUUUCAUUCCCCAAAUCGGUGGUGGAAUUCUUGCAGGGUUCGAUUGGCAUACCACAUGGUGGCUUCCCCGAGCCAUUGCGCUCACGGGUGCUCAAGGAUAUGCCACGCAUUGAAGGCCGCCCCGGCGAAGGACUCGAGCCGUUGGACUUUGAUAAGCUGAAGCAAGAACUGAAGGAAUCUCAUCCGAACAUCAGCGAUCGCGACGUCAUGUCUGCCGCUCUAUAUCCUCAAGUAACCAACGAUUUCUUGCACUUCCGCGAGCAAUUUGGACCUGUGGAUAAGCUGGACACACGCAUCUUCCUCACUGGCCCCAAGGUUGGAGAGGAGUUCGAGGUAUCGUUGGAGCGUGGCAAGACAUUAAGCUUGAAGGCUAUGGCCAUGGCUGCUGAUCUCAAGCCAAAUGGCGAUCGCGAGGUAUUCUUCGAAAUGAACGGCCAGUUGCGUACCGUUCACAUCCUGGACAAGGAGGCUGUGAAGGAAAUUCACGUUCAUCCGAAAGCCAACAAGUCGAACAAGAAUGAGGUUGGUGCUCCCAUGCCCGGUACCGUCAUUGACAUACGCGUCAACGUAGGCGAUAAGGUCGAGAAGGGCCAGCCCUUGGUUGUGCUCUCAGCCAUGAAAAUGGAGAUGGUCGUACAGGCGCCACAGGCGGGCACUGUUAAGAAACUGGAAAUCACGAAUGGCAUGAAACUGGAGGGCGAUGAUCUGAUCAUGGUCGUUGAAUAAAAAUAUUAAUAUUUAUAUCCGUACCACUUAAUCGUGCGUAGGGAUUCAAAUCAAUGUUUUGUGUUCCUCCCUAUCCCCAGUCUGUUGUAUCCAUAUAUUGUAAUUUUAAGCUAAACAGUGAUAGUCUAGGGAACCUUAUCAAAAA